UUUAAAAAAUUAUUUUUAAAUAAAUAAAAAUUAAAAUAAACUUAAAUAAAAAGUUUAUAAUUCAAUAAUAUUGACGAGAUAUUAAAGUCAAUGUUUAACGAUAUAAAUCUGAACAUAUAACGUGUGUAGUGACAUUUUCAAACAAAUUGUCAUAAUAGCGAUUUUGUGCCGGUAAUUGGAAUUAAUAUAAUUUUUAGUUUAAAUAAUUAUUAAACUAUAUAAUAUAUAUUAUAUAAUUAUUUUCAUUAUGUUUAUAAAAUAAAAAAAUAAGAAGUCUGAAUAAAAUUUUUAAGUUUGUUAAGUAUGUUAUUUUAUUCGUUCUUCAAAUCCUUGAUCGGAAAGGACGUAGUUGUAGAAUUAAAAAACGAUUUAAGUAUUUGUGGCACUUUGCAUUCAGUAGAUCAAUAUCUGAAUAUAAAAUUAACUGAUAUAAGUGUAACUGAUCCAGAUAAAUAUCCUCACAUGUUAUCUGUAAAAAAUUGUUUUAUUCGAGGAUCAGUAGUACGUUAUGUACAAUUACCAGGAGAUGAAGUGGAUACUCAGCUAUUACAGGAUGCUGCACGCAAGGAAGCAGCAGUUCAAGCAAGAUAAUUUAUAUUAUUAUUAGAUAAAAAUAUCUCUGAUUUAUUUUUUACUAUUGAAAUCAAGAAUUAUAUACAAUGAACAUACAAACUAUGAAUUUGUACAUCUAUAAAUAUAUAAAUUGAGUUUAAUAUUAAAAUAUUAAUUUCUAAUUAUAAAAA